AUGUGCUACCACAUUGCAAGUCUCGUCAGGCACGGCUGGUCAGUGUAUGUGGCAGGCUAUUUCGACACGCCUUUGCCACAGACACUGUGCGCGCCUUCCGUACACGCUGUUCGUUUGUGGGGUGUGCCGACUGCUCUUUCACGUCUACCUCGUGUCUUGUUUCCUCUUGUGGCGCUGAUAAAGGUACCUCUGCAAACACUUUCGCUCUGGCUUACUCUCGUGGCACUCACGCCCAAGCCAGCCGUUGUCCUAGUACAGGUGCCGCCAGCGAUUCCCACGCUCAUGGUGGUGCAGUGCGCACGCAUUAUCACUCGCAGUCGACUCAUUCUCGACUGGCACAACUUGGCUUAUACACUCCUGGCUCUCCGUCUAGGUCCACGCAGUGUUCUCGUGCGCAUCUCGGAGUUGCUCGAGCGCAUAUUCGGCAGAUCUGCCCACGUGCAUUUGUUUGUCACGCAUGCGAUGCAGCAGCAUCUCGCUCGCCAUUGGCAACUUCGUGGGCAUACGGCCGUGCUACAUGAUCGUCCUCCGUCGCACUUUGCUAGACUUUCAGCCACAGAAGCACAUGCCUUCUUCGAGCGCGCAGGCCCUUCUAUCUGGGGCAAGAACGUGAUGCGCUCCCAUCCGACUCCUGCAUUGGCUGUGACAAGUACGAGUUGGACACCCGAUGAAGACAUGCAUAUGCUCCUGGAUGCUGCUUCUAUCUACGAGUCUCGUGCUCGUUUGCAACACGAGCCACUGUUUCUCAGCAUUGUCAUCACAGGCAAAGGGCCAUUGCGUGCGGCGUUUGAAAAGACCAUGCAAAAACGUGCGAGCUCAGAGCAAUGGAGGCAUGUGCGCAUCGAAACGGCAUGGCUCGCUGCCGAAGACUAUCCACGUCUUUUGGGUGCUGCCAACGUCGGCAUUUCUUUGCACACGAGCUCGUCCGGCCUUGAUUUGCCCAUGAAAGUCGUUGACAUGCUUGGCUGCGGAUUGCGUGUGUGUGCCUUAUCUUUUCCCUGCCUUUCUGAGCUUAUCAAACCUGACAUAAAUGGCGAUGUGUUUUCUGAUGCUGCCGGUCUUGCAUCCUGUAUCGAGCGCAUCAUUCAGAUGCCAGCGUUACCUCCAGGCUCACAUACCCCGUUUCCAGGCUCCGACCCGAUCUCUUGGGAUGCCUUGUGGGACCGCGACGUGGCUCCCUUGCUCUGCACAUAG